AAUGGUGGAGAGAGGCCAUGGCGGACGAGUCAGGUCCUUCUUCUACAUCGAUCGUUUGCUUCUUCCGCGAUCUCUCUGCUAUAACUUAUUCAUCUCCUGAGAUUCUCUGUGGGUAUAUUUGCAUGGGCUUUUGCUCGAUCUUACGAUCCAAGGCAUUUGAAGGCACAAAUUGAAUUGCAAUUGGGGAUUGCAGUGGUUCGGCCGGUUUAGAUAAUUGGGGGAUUGUUUGCAAAAAAUAGGUUAGAGUGGCAGAGAACCGAACCGGUCCAGUCGAACCAAAGGGGAGAACCAACGUGACAAAACUAACCCAUUCAUUUUCCCAAGACGAUCAACAAGUCAAAGGCAGCAGCAGAAAGAGACGUUGGGUUUGCUUCGCUUCAAUGGCGAUUAUGCUUCGGCGAACUUCGACCAGUUGUUCCCUCCUUCUCUGCUACGCCCUCCUCGCGAGCUUCGCUUCAUCGUCACCAUCAUCAUCAUCAUCAUCUGGAGUACUUCUUCAGCCCUCUUCUUCUUCGCAGAAAGUCUCUGUGGGUCUGUACUACGAGUCUCUCUGUCCAUACUGUGCGAACUUCGUAGUUAACCAUCUGGUGAAGCUUUUCGAUGAAGAUCUCAUCUCCAUCGUCGAUCUCCACCUCUCUCCUUGGGGCAACACCAAGCUCCGCCCCGACAACCUCACUUUCGUCUGCCAGCAUGGGCCGUACGAAUGCUUGUUAGAUACCGUAGAAGCUUGUGCAAUUGAAGCUUGGCCUAAAUUGAGUGACCAUUUCCCGUUCAUCCACUGCAUCGAGAGUUUGGUGCCUGAACGCAAGUAUGAAAAGUGGGAGACGUGUUACGAGAAACUUAAGUUGAACUCGAAGCCUAUCAACGAUUGCCUCAGCAGUGGACAUGGGAAAGAGCUUGAAUUGCAAUAUGCCGCAGAAACAAACGCUCUUCAGCCGCCCCAUAAAUAUGCCCCGUGGGUAGUCGUGGAUGGUCAGCCCCUUUACGAGGACUACGAGAACUUCAUAAGCUACAUCUGCAAGGCUUAUAAAGGGAAUGCAGUGCCUGGAGCUUGUGCCAAAUAUUCCAAGAAUGCCCCUCACAAGGUUAACCUGAGACGCAUCUCUUCUUCGGUUUGCCAGAAGGGAACUCAGAUUUCGGACGUGUUCGAGCGAGUCAUGUCCGAGUUGAACUCGUGGAUCAACAACAUCGUCAAGUUCAACAUGGCAGGUCUCCUUUAGGUCUGUCUCUCUCUCUGGCUUUAACCUUUUGCCUUUGGGAAAAUGCACUUUUAUGAAGAAAAACGUAUGUCCGUAAAACCGUUGUUGUUUGUAUGGGAGGUUCAUUAUGGCUUUAAUAAAUAUUUUUAGAA